CUGCGGUCAGUCAGAAGCUAAGCCUAUAGCUAACUGACUGUAGGAGUUCAACACAACACGACAGACAGACGCGUCACUGCAGCCCAGGUCUGGGGCUGAAGGAAAAGGGUUGGGAGUGAACCUCUCAUCUGGAUCCCAAUGCAGUGGAAGUUGCAGCCAGAAACGAGAAGGUGGGAAGAAAGGAACUUCUGACUGGCAGCCUUUUGUUGUUGUUGUUGUUGUAACUAACGACACCUUAUCAAAAACCCACAAAUACACUUACGGGGAUACACAAACCUAUACGUUCUGCGGUUGCUGAAACCUUUGUUAUUGCAAUGAAGUGUAUUGACGUGCCACAGUGAAGAGGCCCCUUUUUGACAGUUGAUGGACUAAUGGCAGCAGAGUGACAUCAUGGCCCUGAUGAUUCCUCCAGUGAAGCUCAAAUGGCUGGAGCACCUGAACGGCUCGUGGAUCACGGACGACAGCGAGUCCAUCUCCACGCGGGAGGGCGUGUCCGUGCUCUACUCCAAGCUGCUCACCAACAAAGAGGUGGUCGUCCUUCCCCAGCAGGUGUUGUGUCUGAAGGGACCCCAGCUGCCAGACUUUGAGCGUGAGUCCCUGUCCAGCGAUGAACAGGAACACUACCUAGACGCCCUCCUCAGCAGCCAGAUGGCGUUGGCCAAGAUGGUGUGUUCCGACUCUCCCUUCGCCUCCGCUCUGCGCAAACGCCUGCUGGUCCUCCAGAGGAUCUUCUUCGCUCUGUCCAACAAGUACCACGACAAGGGCAAAGUCAAGCAGCAGCAGCACUCGCCCGACAACAACUCCGGAUCGUCCGACCUGCACUCUGUCAGCGAGCGGCCGCGGUCCAGCACCGAUGCUCUGAUCGAGAUGGGGGUCCGAACGGGCCUCAGUCUGCUGUUCGCUCUGCUCCGGCAGAGCUGGUUGAUGCCGCCGCCGGGCCCCGGAGGACUCAACCUUUGUAACGACGUCAUCCACACGGCCAUGGACGUGGUCUCGUCCCUGCCGCCCCUCUCCCUGGCCAACGAGAGUAAGAUCCCCCCUAUGGGUCUGGACUGCCUGACCCAGGUCACCGCUUUCCUCAAGGGAGUGACCAUGCCAAACUCCGGGGCGGACGUCUUGGGUCGGAGGCUGGCGUCGGAGCUGUUGCUGGGCCUGGCUGCCCAGAGGGGGUCCCUGAGGUACCUUCUGGAGUGGGUGGAGAUGGCCCUGGUGGCGUCCGCCGUGGUCAGCACCAUGGAGAAGGAGAAGAUGAAGGCGUGUCUGCUGAACCAGGAAGGGUUGAUUGGAUACGACUGCUUCAUGAACAUCCUCAUGCAGAUGAGACGUUCCCUGGGCUCGUCAGCAGACAGGAGUCAGUGGAGGGAACCGACUCGGACAUCAGACGGGCUGUGCUCUUUGUAUGAAGCAGCUCUCUGUCUGUUCGAAGAGGUGUGCAGGAUGGCGUCAGACUACUCCCGUACCUGUGCCAGCCCAGACAGCCUCCAGAGCGGCGAGGCUCCCAUGCUGUCAGAGACGUGUGAGGUGUACGUCUGGGGCAGUAACAGCUCCCACCAGCUGGUGGAGGGAACACAGGAGAAGAUCCUGCAGCCCAAGUUGGCACCCAGCUUCGCCGACGCACAGACGAUUGAGGCAGGCCAAUAUUGCACCUUCGUCAUCUCUUCUGACGGCUCUGUCAGAGCCUGUGGCAAAGGCAGCUACGGCAGAUUGGGUCUGGGAGACUCCAACAACCAAUCGUCUCUCAAGAAGCUGACCUUUGAACCUCACCGCGCCAUCAAAAAGGUGACGUCAUCGAAGGGGUCGGACGGACACACACUGGCCUUCACCACGGAGGGAGAGGUGUUCAGUUGGGGAGACGGGGACUACGGAAAGUUGGGGCAUGGGAACAGCUCCACACAGAAGUACCCCAAACUCAUCCAGGGACCUCUGCAGGGAAAGGUGGUGGCGUGUGUGUCAGCGGGCUACCGACACAGUGCAGCGGUCAGUGAGGAUGGAGAGCUCUACACGUGGGGUGAAGGAGACUUCGGGAGAUUAGGUCACGGAGACAGCAACAGCAGAAACAUUCCUACUCUGGUCAAAGACAUCAGCAACGUAGGAGAGGUGUCUUGUGGGAGUUCUCACACCAUAGCUUUGUCAAAAGAUGGCCGCACCGUGUGGUCCUUCGGAGGGGGAGACAAUGGGAAACUGGGGCAUGGAGAUACAAACCGUGUCUAUAAACCCAAAGUAGUGGAGGCCUUGCAGGGGAUGUUCAUAAGGAAAGUGUGUGCUGGAAGCCAGUCCUCCCUGGCCCUGACCUCCACUGGACAGGUGUAUGCCUGGGGCUGCGGGGCCUGCCUGGGCUGUGGCUCCUCUGAAGCCACAGCACUGAGACCCAAGCUGAUUGAGGAGUUGACGGCGACCAGGGUGGUGGACCUCUCCAUAGGAGACAGCCACUGUCUAGCUCUCUCACACGACAAUGAGGUGUAUGCGUGGGGUAACAACUCCAUGGGUCAGUGUGGCCAGGGUAACUCCACUGGUCCCAUCACCAAGCCGAAGAAGGUGGUUGGUCUGGACGGUGUGGUCAUCCAACAGAUCUCAGCUGGUACCUCCCACAGCCUGGCAUGGACCGCUCUGCCCAGGGACAGACAGGUGGUAGCGUGGCACAGACCCUACUGUGUGGACCUGGAAGAAAGCACCUUCUCUCACCUGCGUUCCUUCCUAGAGCGCUACUGUGACGGCAUCAACAGCGAGGUGCCACCCCUCCCCUUCCCCUCCUCCAGGGAGCAUCACAACUUCCUGAAACUCUGCCUUCGACUGCUGUCCAAUCACCUGGCUUUGGCUCUGGCCGGGGGAGUGGCCACCAGUAUCCUAGGGCGACAGGCCCGCCCCCUCCGGAACCUUCUCUUCAGACUGAUGGAUUCCUCUGUUCCUGAUGAGAUCCAAGAGGCUGUGAUUGAGACUUUGUCUGUGGGGGCCACUAUGCUGUUACCUCCUCUGAGAGAGAGGAUGGAGCUUCUCCACUCCCUGCUGCCCCAGGGACCUGACAGAUGGGAGAGUCUGUCCAAAGGACAGAGGAUGCAACUGGACAUCAUUCUGACUUCGCUCCAGGACCACACCCACGUAGCAUCCCUCCUGGGGUUCAGCUGUCCCCCCGAGGCCCCCGAGGCCCUGGCCUCCUCCUGCGGCCUGGACCCCUCCUACGGAGCCCCCGGCACCAACCCUGACACACACCUGGCUGAGAUCCUAAUGAAGACCCUGCUCAGGAACCUGGGCUUCUACACGGACCAAGCGUUUGGGGAACUAGAGAAGAACAGUGACAAGCUGCUCCAGGGAACGUCUUCAUCAGACAGCAGUCAGCCGGCCCAUCUCCACGAGCUGCUCUGCUCUCUACAGAAACAACUGCUGGCAUACUGCCACAUCAACUGUGUUACUGAGAACUCCAGCAGUGUGGCUCUGCUCCAUAAGCACCUCCAGCUGCUGCUGCCCCACGCUACAGACAUCUUCUCCCGCUCCGCCACCCUGCUGCAGGAGAGCUCCUGGAACGGCAGCAUCAGAGAGAAACUACGAGAUGUGAUCUACGUGUCUGCAGCAGGCAGUAUGCUGUGUCAGAUCGUCAACAGUCUACUACUACUACCAGUGUCUGUAGCCAGACCUCUGCUGAGCUACCUGCUAGACCUGCUGCCUCCUCUAGACUGUCUCAACAGACUGCUGCCUGCUGCCACACCGUUGGAAGACCAAGAGCUGCAGUGGCCUCUACAUGGAGCCCCAGACUUUGUGGACCCUGCAGGGCAGCCCCUGUCCCAGCCGGCCCAGUCCUGGGUGUGGCUGGUGGAUCUGGAGCGUACUGCAGGCCUGCUGGUGGGCCGCUGCCUGGGGGGCAUGCUGCAGGGAGCACCCCCCUCUCUAGAGGAACAGGAUACAGGCUACUGGCUGAAAACCCCCCUGUUCAGCAACGGGCUGGAGAUGGACAUCCCUCAACUAGAUAACUGCAUCAGCUGGCUGUUAGAGGAGGCCCUCUCAGGUAACGAGGAGCAGAAACCAGUUGACUGUCCUCUGAGGGCAGACAUGAGCGUCCUGGUGGAGCUGGCCCUGGGCUCCACUAAGGAACCCACCAACAGUCUCUGGAUCAACAUGCAGGACUACGCCACCAGCAAAGACUGGGACAACGCCUCUCUCUGUAAUGAGACCUUAUUGGACACCGUGUCCAGGUUUGUCCUGGCUGCUCUGCUGAAGCACACCGGCCUGCUGGGCCAAGCCUGUGGAGAGGGCAGGUACCAGCCUUGUAAGAUGCUGGCUGAGGUCUACCGUUGUGUGUACAAGGUCAGGAACCGCCUGCUGGCCUGCAAGAACAUGAACGUUGUCCAGACACGCUCGUCUUCCCGCGAGAGGAGGAUUUCAGACAAUCAGGACUCGCUGGAGAUGGACCCCCAGGAGCACUCGUUCACGAGGACCAUCGACGAGGAGGCGGAGCUAGAAGAGAGGACGGACCGAGAAAGGGAGGAUGUGCAUCAGGAGCAAGAUGAGGAAGAGGAGGAGAGAGAGCACGAAGUCAUGACCGCUGGGAAAAUCUUUCAAUGUUUCCUCUCAGCGCGGGAGGCGGCGAGGAGCCGAGAGAGGGAGAGGGCCAGCAGCAGCGCCGGGGGAGGCCUGACCUCAGGAGGAACCAGAGGAGGAGGGGGAGGGGAGGCGGAGGCCUCGACAUCCCAGGAGGAGCAUCACGGGAGAGACGGCUGUACGGGGCUGCCUGAGGGACAGGACCUGUACACAGCCGCCUGUAACUCUGUGGUCCACCGCUGUGCUCUGCUGGUGCUGGGGGUCAGCCCUGUACUGGGGGAACUGGGGAAGCAGCAGGACGAGGGACACGGCAGCUUCCAGUCAGCCGGACAGGGACAGCAGGACGGGACGGGCUUCAUGACCAGGAGUGAGAGUCUGAGUACAGAGAGCUGUUCGGUCCAGUCCAGUCCCAACUACAGGCUGAUGAAGUCCAGGAGCGAAUCAAAUCUGUCCCUGUCUGAUGAGGAGGGAUGCACUCUGAGUGGCAGGAGGAACGUUGAUCUAGACCUGGCAUUUUCUCAGAAAAAGAGAGGUCUACUCCACAGUUCUCCAGACUCCCUGGCUGACUCAUGGUUCAGGGUGAAACACAGUAGGGACCAGCUGUAUGGUUCUCCCCUCUACCAAUCCUAUGAGGAGUCGGACCUGGACCUGAGCCGCUCGCUGGGGGUUCACGCCCUCAUAGAGAACAUCGUCAGCUUCAUCAGUGGAGACGUGGGAAACACCCCCGCCUUUAAAGAGCCUGAGGAGAGCAUGUCUACUAGUCCACAAGGAACCAUGCUGGCUAUGGAGCAACAACAGAACAGAGCUGAGCUGCGUCUGGAGGCUCUACACCAGAUCGUGGUGCUGAUCUCUGGGAUGGAGGAGAAGAGUAGCCAGGCUGCAGGAGGUGGGGGGAGCGGACCAGGAGGUCGACCCAGCCCCAGCGUUGCCUUCCAGUCCUCCUCCCUCCUGACCUCCGUCAGGUUACAGUUCCUGGCUGGAUGUUUCGGUCUAGGGACCGUGGGCACCGGGGGACUGAAGGGAGAGAAUGUCCAGCUACACCACUACCAGGACGGUGUUAACACAGCCAAGCGGAGCCUGCAGAUGGACAUCCAGACAGCCGUGCAUAAGAUCUACCAGCAGCUGUCUGUCACGCUGGAGAGAGCCCUGCAGGCCAACAAACAUCACAUAGAGGCCCAGCAGCGCCUCCUGCUGGUGACAGUGUUUGCCCUGAGCGUGCGUUACCAGUCUGUGGACGUGUCCCUGGCCAUAUCCAGUGGCCUCCUCAAUGUGCUGUCACAGCUGUGUGGCACAGAAACCUUGCUGGGACAACCACUCCAGCUGCUACAGAAACCAGGGGUGUCUCAGCUCAGCACUGCCCUGAAGGUAGCCUCCACACGACUACUGCAGAUACUGGCCAUCAGCACCGGGACGUACGCGGACAAGCUAGGACCCAAGGUGGUCCAGUCCCUGUUGGACUUGCUGUGUAGCCAGCUGAAGAACCUUCUGUCCCAGGCAGGAGUCAGCCUGCUCACUGCCGACCCAGGGAAGAACCAGGAGAACCAGGACAAGAAGUCUGAGGAUGGAGCCGACCCAGAGAAGACAGACUUCAGAGCGUUGGUGCGUAAGCAGCACACAGCAGAGCUUCACCUGGGAGACUUCCUGGUGUUCCUGAGGCGAGUCGUCUCCUCCAAGGCCAUCCAAUCCAAGAUGUCUUCUCCAAAGUGGACAGAGGUGCUGCUCAACAUCGCUGCGCAGAAAUGCUGCUCGGGAGUCCCUCUGGUGGGCAACCUGAGAACUCGUCUCCUGGCCCUUCAUGUUCUGGAGGCUGUGCUGCCUGCCUGCGAGGCCAGUGUAGAGAACGACCAGAUGACACAGGUGGUGGAGCGUCUCUUCUCCCUGCUGGCUGACUGUAUGUGGGAAGCUCCCAUCGCCCAGGCCAAGCACACCAUCCAGAUGAAGGAGAAAGAGCAGGAGCUGAAACUACAGGGUGAGGAGGAGGAUGAGAACCUUCCCAUCCAGGAGGUGUCGUUUGACCCGGAGAAGACUCAGUGUUGUGUGGUGGAGAAUGGCCAGGGUCUGACCCACGGCAGCGGGGGGAAGGGAUAUGGACUGGCCUCUACCGGCAUCUCCUCUGGGUGCUACCAGUGGAAGUUCUACAUUGUGAAGGAGAACCGUGGGAACGAGGGGACGUGCGUCGGGGUGUCCCGUUGGCCUGUCCAUGACUUCAACCACCGCACCACGUCAGACAUGUGGCUGUACCGGGCCUACAGCGGGAACCUGUACCACAACGGAGAGCAGACCCUCACCCUCUCCUCCUUCACCCAGGGAGACUACAUCACCUGUGUGUUGGACAUGGAGGCACGCACCAUCUCCUUCGGGAAGAACGGAGAGGAGCCCAAGUUAGCCUUCGAGGACGUGGACGCCACAGAGCUCUACCCCUGUGUCAUGUUCUACAGCAGUAACCCUGGAGAGAAGGUGAAGAUCUGUGAUAUGCAGAUGCGGGGUACCCCUCGUGACCUCCUGCCCGGUGAUCCUAUCUGCAGCCCUGUGGCCACAGUCCUGGCCGAGGCCACCACACAGCUCAUCAGGAUCCUGCACCGCACGGACCACUGGACACACUGCAUCAACAAGAUCAUGAUGGAGAGGCUACACAAAAUCAAACCCUGCUUCAGAGACUCAGCCAACGGUACUGGAGGAGGAGGUCAGAGGUUAAAGAAGAGUCGUUCGGUGCAGAGCAGAGAGGAGCAUGACGCCCAGAGGGACUCGUCCAGGGACCCCCAGAGAGGGGAGGAGGAGAGGGGCCGGCCGGGACACGGGAGCCGCCAGGGGCAUGGAGGUCUGGGGGAACUCUCUGACCACCACCUCAGGACCCUCUGUACAGAGGUGUGGCCUGUGCUGGCGGUGAUGGGGGGUGCCGACGCAGGGCUGCGCGUUGGGGGGCGCUGUGUUCACAAACAGACCGGUCGGCAUGCUACUCUCCUGGGCGUGGUGAAGGAGGGGAGCACCUCAGCCAAGGUGCAGUGGGACGAGGCUGAGAUCACCAUCAGCUUCCCAUCUUUCUGGUCGCCUAGUGACACUCCCCUGUACAACCUGGAGCCCUGCGAGCCGCUGCCCUUUGACGUGGCACGCUUCCGAGGCCUCACCGCAUCCCUGCUCCUCGACCUCACCUAUCUCACCUCCAUCCACGAGGACGCUGGGAAGCUGAGCGCCCGGCGCCACGAGAAGCGGCACCGUAGCAGCGGAGGCCACGAUACGACGACGGCGACGACGACCGCCACGACAAACGAUGACUUCAACAACAAAACUGGUGAGACGGAGCAGAGCCACCAACACAGGGUCUCCCCAGACCCCAAAGACACUACAACAACAACGGGGACCGUCACCACGACGACAACCUCUGAUCUGAGGGUGUCACACAGCCUGGACGAGGUCAAAGCCCACGCGGUGCCCAACUCGAAAUCAGAGAGCGAGAUCUCCUCCUGCGCCUUGGACUCCCAACACCAGGCUGGAGGAGGACCAGAGACCCUCUCCCCUGCUCCUCAGACCCCCCAGGAGGGCAACAGGAAGAAGGGCCACGAGGGCCGAGGCCACGAUGGCUCUCCCUCCUCAGGGGCCAGUCAGUCUGAGAUCCAUGCGGUGCAGCUGUCCUACCUCUACCUGGGGGCCAUGAAGGCCCUCAGCACGCUGCUCUCCUGCUCCAAGUAUGUUGAGCUGCUGCUCAUACCCAAGGUCCAGGCUCAGCCGGAGCCUGCUCCCAGUGGACACAAUGCAGACCUGAACGCCGGGUCCACUCCUAGUGGCGCAGCGCCCUCGCCCGUGUGCCAGGAGGAAGUUGAGAUGAGGGCGGCACUGCAGUUCCUGAUGCGUCACAUGGUCAAGCGGGCCGUGAUGAGGUCACCCAUCAAGCGGGCGUUAGGAUUGGCCGAUUUGGAGAGGGCUCAGGCCAUGAUCUAUAAAUUGGUGGUCAGCGGGCUGCUGGACGAACACUGCAGUGGGGGCAAGUCCAGACCUGCUGACCCAGAGUGUGAGGAGGGUGUGCAGGGAGAGCAGCAGGCUCAGACCCCCAUCACCACCAGCCCCUCUGCCUCCAGCACCACCUCCUUCAUGAGCUCCUCUCUGGAGGACACGACCACAGCCACUACACCUGUUACUGACACAGAGACCGUCCCUGCCUCGGAGUCCCCUGGGGUCAUGCCUCUUAGCCUGCUCAGGCAGAUGUUCUCAAGCUACCCAACCACCACUCUGCUGCCAACGCGUCGUGCCCAGACGCCCCCGGUGUCUUCUCUCCCCACGUCUCCCUCUGAUGAGGUGGGCCGGAGACAGAGCCUCUCCUCCCCUGAGACCCAGACCUCCAGACCAGCCAACAGGACAGGGACAUCCCUGUCGGACCCCAGCAGCAGACUGUCCACCUCCCCUCCCCCCCCGGCCAUCGCUGUGCCCCUCCUGGAGAUGGGCUUCUCUCUGAGGCAGAUCACCAAGGCUCUGGAGGCUACAGGGACAGGUACUCGUGGCGAGGCCGAUGCCCAGAACAUCACGGUACUGGCUAUGUGGAUGAUAGAACACCCCGGAACAGAGGAGGACGAGGAUGACAGUCACUCUAGAGGACAGGGGUCAGACAGCUCCUCGUGCCCAGGGGCCACAGCCUCGGGAGGGGGUAAGAGUCUGGAGAGGAGCUACCUACACUCCCCUGGAGAUAUGCCCAACGCUGACUCUGCAGACAUGGAGGAGGGCUUCAGCGAGAGUCCAGAGGGGCUGGACCAGGACAGUGCCUCUGCCUCCGCUGGUCCAACCCCCAGAGGGCGCUCUGCUGUCAGCAGGAAACACCGCUUUGACCUGGCUGCUAGGACACUGCUGGCCCGCGCUGCUGGUCUGUACCGCUCGGUGCAGGCCCAUCACAGCCAGGCUCGUAGAGAGGGCAGUGCCCUACAGCAGGACACUGGACCUCUGUAUGACUUUAACCUCGACGAGGAGCUGGAGCUGGAGCUGGACGAGGAGACCAUGGAGGCCAUGUUCGGUCAGGACCUGGCCAGCGACACUGACAUCCUGGGCAUGUGGAUCCCAGAGGUACUGGACUGGCCAACAUGGCAUGUGUGUGAGACAGAGGAACGAGACGAGGUGGUAGUGUGUGAGUUGUGUGAGGCUAGCGUUGCCAACUUCAACCAGCACAUGAAGAAGAGCCACCCUGGCUGCGGGCGCAGCGCCAACCGACAGGGUUACCGGAGCAACGGCUCCUACGUAGACGGGUGGUUCGGAGGGGAGUGCGGCAGCGGCAACCCCUACUACCUCCUCUGUGGUAGCUGUCGGGACAAACACCUGGCGGUUAAGAGUAAAACCACAGUCCCCGUGACGGAGAGAUAUAAAGGACUCGCCCCGGACCUGUUGGGGAAGCAGGACAGUGUCUAUGAAGAGGAAUGGGACAUGCUGGAUGUUGAUGAGGAUGAGAGGUUAACUGGGGACGAGGAGUUUGAGCUGCUGGCGGGACCGUUGGGUCUGAGCGAGCGCCGGGUCGUCCCAGAGGCCGUCCAGUUCCCCGACAGUGACCCCCUGGGAGCGUCCGUAGCCAUGGUGACUGCCACCAACAGCAUGGAGGAGACUCUGCUGCAGAUAGGCUGCCAGGGUGCGGUGGAGAACAGCUCCUCGGGCAGGGUGACUCUGGGGGAGCAGGCCGCAGCGCUGGAGAACCCCCACGACAGGGUCAUGGCUCUGAGGAGAGUGACCUCUGCAGCGCAGGUCCUCCUGGCCAGGACCAUGGUGAUGAGAGCCCUGUCUCUACUCUCUGUCAGUGGUUCUAGCUGCAGCCUGGCAGCAGGGUUGGAGUCUCUGGGUCUGACAGACAUCAGGACCCUGGUCAGACUGAUGUGUCUGGCUGCAGCGGGGCGAGCCGGCCUCUCCACCAGCCCCACAUCUGGAUCAGGGGCCUCAGAGCGGCCCCGAGGGGCCACCAAGGCCAGCAAACCUAUCUCCUGUCUGGCCUAUCUCAGUACGGCUGUGGGUUGUCUGGCCUCCAACAGCCCCAACGCUGCCAAGCUGCUGGUCCAGCUCUGCACACAGAAUCUGAUCUCGGCGGCAACGGGGAUGAACCUGACCACGGUAGACGACCCCGUCCAGAGGAAGUUCCUCCCCAGCUUCCUGAGGGGCGUGGCCGAGGAGAACAAGCUUGUGACGUCACCCAAUUUCGUGGUCACCCAGGCCCUCGUGGCCCUACUCGCUGAUAAAGGGGCCCGGCUCAGACCCAACUAUGACAAGGCUGACGCGGAGAAGAGAGGACCUCUGGAGCUGGCCAACGCGCUGGCUGCUUGCUGCCUGUCUUCUCGUCUGUCCUCGGGACACCGUCAGUGGGCCGCUCAGCAGCUGGUCCGCACGCUGGCCGCUCACGACAGAGACAACCAGAGCCGGCCGCAAACCUUUGCCGACAUGGCGGGUGACCUGCGCAAGUGCUCUUCUGUGAAGUUGGAGGCUCACCAGAGCAGGGUGAUCACGUGUGGUUGGUGCAGUAGGAAAGGCCUGCUGGCCACCAGUGGUAACGACGGAACAGUCCGGGUGUGGAGCGUUACUCAGAACCAGUACACCCUCCAACUGACCUGCGUCUUCAACAGGACUGCUGGUUCUCCAGAGGAGGGUGGGCAGUGUCUUGGUUCCCCAGGGGACCCCAGUCUGUCUCCUCUGGUCUGGAGCGUUACAGGGAAAUACCUGGCAGCUGCCAUGGAGAAACUAGUCAACAUCUGGCAGGUCAACGGUGGGAAAGGUCUUCUGGACGUGCAGCCCCACUGGGUAUCAGCUCUGGCUUGGCCGGAGGGAGAAGCCGUGUCCCUGUGGUGCGGGGAACCCAAAGAUGUGUUGCUGGUAGGACGUAUGGAUGGAUCCCUGGGCCUUAUAGAGGUCCACGAUGCCUGCACCAUGCGGCGCACCGAGCUGGAGCACUGCUACCGGAAAGAUGUGUCAGUGAUCCACAUCGCCUGGUACAGUGAGGACAGGCCGUUCGCCGUGGGCUACGCUGACGGCAAGCUGCUGAUUGGCACCAAAGAGCCUCUGGAGAAAGGAGCCGUCGUGGUCAUCGAUGCCCAUAAGGAGUCCAUCACCAGUAUAAAGUGGGAUCCUACUGGUCAGAUGCUGUUGACCUGUGCCAAAGAGGAUGUGGUGAAGCUAUGGUCCAGCCCUGGGUCAGGGUCAAACCCCGGAGCAGGCUGGAAGUGUCUGCAGAGCCUACCCCACCCUGCCCAGGUCAAUGGAGUGGCCUGGUGUGGUCUGACUGGACAUGGAGCCAAACCUCUCAACAUGCUGGCCACGUGUUGCCAAAACGGACUGGUGUUAGUCUGGACCGUACCUCAAGACGCCUCUGCCUUCCCAGAAUCCUCUUCUUCUGGCUCCGAGGCCCGGAGGGACAACGAACCCAAAGCCAAACGCAAGCAGCAGCAGAGUUCCAGCAGGCGUGUGGAGGGGGCGGUGUGUGUGUUCCAGCUGAAGGGUCAUAUCACCCCGGUGAGGACAGUAGUCUUCAGCCCUGACGGCCUGGCCCUGGUGUCUGGAGGCGUGGGAGGCCUCAUGAACAUCUGGUCCCUCCGGGACGGCUCAGUGCUCCAGACAGUAAUAGCCGGGUCAGGAGCCAUCCAGAACAUAGUCUGGAUCCCAGAUGUGGGCGUGGCCGUCUGCUCCAACAGGUCAAAGGAUGUGUUGGUGGUGAACUGCUCGACAGACUUCAUGUCCUCUCACCAGGUGCUAGCCACCUGCCGGACGGCGCUGAAGAAACAGGGGGUUGUGGGAUUGAACAUGGCUCCCUGCAUGAGAGCCUUCCUGGAGAGGCUGCCUGUUAUGCUGCAGGAGCAGUACUCAUACGAGAAGCCCCACGUAGUGUGUGGAGAACAGCUAGUCCACAGCCCCUACAUGCAGUGCCUGGCCUCCCUGGCCGUGGGGUUACACCUGGAUCAGCUCCUGUGCUCCCCUCCCGUCCCCCCCCACCUCCGCCUCUGUCCCCUGGAGCCAGCCACCUGUACCUGGUCACCCGGCGAGUGGGCGUGGCUAGACUGCUUCUCCACCACGGUGAAGGCAGCGGAGGCCCUGGCUCGGGGCAACACGUUCCCAGAGGCCUUUGCUGUUCCCGACCUGGAGCCUGUACCCAAGGAGGAGAUGGUCCUUCUCAUGGACAACAGUACAUGGGGUUCUGGUAUGGAUGAACAGAUCAUGUCGUGGGCCACCUCCAGACCUGAGGACUGGCACCUGGGAGGGAAGUGUGAUGUGUUUCUGUGGGGAGCUGGUCGACACGGACAGCUGGCAGAGGCUGGCAGAAACAUCCUGGUGCCCACCAACGCAGCCUCCUUCUCACAGGCACAACAGGUGGUGUGUGGUCAGAACUGUACGUUUGUGAUUCAGGCUAACGGGACAGUGUUAGCCUGUGGGGAGGGCAGCUACGGCAGACUGGGUCAGGGCAACUCUGAUGAUCUGCAUGUCCUCACCGUCAUCUCAGCCCUGCAAGGCUUUGUGGUGACCCAGCUGGUGACGUCGUGUGGCAGCGACGGUCACUCCAUGGCGCUGACAGAGAGCGGCGAGGUGUUCAGCUGGGGAGACGGAGACUACGGGAAGCUGGGACACGGGAACAGUGACCGCCAGAGACGACCGCGACAGAUCGAAGCCCUGCAGGGAGAGGAGGUGGUGCAGAUGUCCUGCGGGUUCAAGCACUCCGCGGUGGUGACCGCUGAUGGGAGGCUGUUCUCCUUUGGGAACGGGGACUAUGGCAGGCUUGGACUGGGAAACACCUCCAACAAGAAGCUGCCUGAGAAGGUCACUGCGUUGGAGGGAUACCAGGUCGGACAGGUGGCGUGCGGUCUGAAUCACACCGUAGCCGUCUCUGCCGAUGGAAUGAUGGUCUGGGCCUUCGGAGACGGAGACUACGGGAAACUGGGACUGGGGAAUUCUACCGCCAAGUCCUCACCUCAGAAGGUGGACGUUCUCUGUGGCCUCGGCAUCAAGAAGGUGUCCUGUGGAACUCAGUUCUCUGUUGCCCUCACUAAAGAUGGCAGCGUGUACACGUUCGGACAAGACCGACUCAUAGGGCUGCCCGAGGGCCGGGCCAGGAACCAUAACCGUCCCCAGGUGGUACCAGCUCUGUCUGACGUGUUUAUACAGGAUGUGGCUGUGGGGGCCGAACACACACUGGUCCUGUCCUCCACCGGAGAGGUCUAUACCUGGGGCAGCAACUCAGAGGGGCAGUUGGGUCUGGGCCACACCAACCAUGUGAGAGAGCCCACCCUGGUGACAUCACUACAGGGGAAGGACAUUCACCAGGUCUCUGCUGGUCGCUGUCACUCUGCUGCCUGGACCGCUCCGUCUGUCCCUCCCCGGGCUCCGGGUUCCUCCGUACCCCUCCAGCUAGGCCUGCCGUCAGCGGUGCCUCCCCAGUUCAGCUCUCUGAGAGAGGUCAGCAUGGAGGCAGUCCGGGCCAGACUACGUGUUCUUUAUCACUUCUCUGACCUCAUGUACUCAUCAUGGAGAUUACUCAACCUCAGCCCCAACAACCAGAGCUCUACGUCCCACUACAACACAGGGACGUGGGGCAUCGUCCAGGGCCAGUUGAGGCCCCUGCUGGCCCCCAGAGUCUAUACUCUCCCCAUGGUGAGGUCCAUAGGGAAGACUAUGGUGCAAGGAAAGAACUAUGGACCUCAGAUCACUGUCAAAAGGAUCUCUACACGGGGUCGUAAGUGUAAGCCCAUCUUUGUGCAGAUAGCCCGUCAGGUGGUCAAGCUGAAUGCGUCUGACCUGCGACUGCCGUCCAGGGCCUGGAAGGUCAAGCUGGUGGGGGAGGGGGCCGACGAUGCUGGAGGGGUGUUUGAUGACACCAUCACUGAGAUGUGUCAGGAGUUGGAGACGGGAGUAGUGGAUCUCCUCAUCCCCUCCCCCAACGCCACAGCUGAGGUGGGCUACAACAGAGACAGGUUCCUGCUGAGCCCGUCAGCCUGUCUGGAUGAGCAGCUCCUCCAGUUUAAGUUCCUGGGUAUCCUGAUGGGGGUGGCUAUCCGGACCAAGAAGCCCCUGGACCUGCACCUUGCCCCCAUGGUGUGGAAGCAGCUGUGUUGUAUUCCUCUGGUCCUGGAGGACCUAGAGGAGGUGGACCUGCUCUACGUUCAGACACUCAACAGCAUUCUUCACAUUGAAGACAGCGGCAUCACAGAGGAUAAUUUCCAUGAGAUGAUUCCUCUGGAUUCCUUCGUGGGUCAGAGUGCAGACGGUAAGAUGGUUCCUAUUAUCCCCGGGGGAAACAGCAUCCCUCUGACCUUCUCCAACAGGAAGGAGUAUGUAGCCCGGGCCAUCGAGUACCGCCUGCACGAGAUAGACAGACAGGUGGCGGUGGUGCGUGAAGGCAUGUCCUGGAUCGUCCCUGUCCCUCUCCUCUCCCUCCUCACAGCCAAACAACUGGAGCAGAUGGUUUGUGGGAUGCCAGAGAUCAGUGUGGACGUGCUGAAGAAGGUUGUGAGGUACCGUGAGGUAGAAGAGCAUCACACUCAGGUCCAGUGGUUCUGGCAAACCCUAGAGGACUUCUCCAACGAGGAGAGGGUUCUGUUCAUGCGCUUCGUCUCGGGACGGUCCAGGCUGCCCGCCAACACAGCUGACAUCUCCCAGAGGUUCCAGAUCAUGAAGGUGGACAGGCCCUAUGACAGCCUGCCGACCUCCCAGACCUGUUUCUUCCAGCUACGUCUGCCUCCUUACUCCAGCCAGACGGUGAUGGCAGAGAGACUCCGCUACGCCAUCAACAACUGUCGCUCCAUCGACAUGGACAACUACAUGUUGUCACGCAACGUAGACAACGCCGAGGGCUCGGACACGGACUACUGACCAACCACAGUCUGCCCAGACCAGAUGCACCGUUACCACACACACACACACACACACACACACACACACACACACACACACACACACACACACACACACACACACACGCAACGUAGACAACGCUGAGGGCUCGGACACCGACUACUGACCAACCACAGUCUGCCCAGACCAGAUGCACCGUUACCACACACACACACACACACACACACACACACACACACACACACACACACACACACACGCAACGUAGACAACGCUGAGGGCUCGGACACCGACUACUGACCAACCACAGUCUGCCCAGACCAGAUGCACCCUCACCACACACACACACACACAACGAGACCCAGGAAAGACCGGGCCUGGAUGGAAUAUAGACUGUCCUCUCCUCUCACAGACCCUCACCACACACACACACACACACACACAACGUAGACCCAGGAAAGACCGGGCCUGGAUGGAAUAUAGACUGUCCUCUCCUCUCACAGACCCUCACCACACACACACACACACACACACACACACACAACGUAGACCCAGGAAAGACCGGGCCUGGAUGGAAUAUAGACUGUCCUCUCACAGAGCGGCACACAGCAGAAACCCAGAAGGACGCCAUCUUCUUCGUUGCCCGUUAUCAACGUUACAGUAGGAAGUCCCAGAGCAGCAACAACAGCGUGUUCAUUAACCUGUACGGGAAAAGGCCCGGGUCACUUUUAAACACGCCAUUAUAUUCCAUGUUUCUCAACACAUAAGACAUAAAUGGAUGGAUUUGAUUCAAUGUUUUUAUUUUUCACCGAAUAGGGUUUUUAUUUAGUCAUGUUUUUUUGUUUUUUUUUAAAGCAAAUUUUAAAAACCAAGAAGCAGUUCAUUGAGUAUUAUUAUUAUUAUUAUUAUUAUUAUUUUGGUUUUUUUUUUUAAUCGCUUCAUUUCUUUCAGGGUUUUCUUUUUAGCAUGGAGGUAUGUUUAUUCAGCCGUUGGGAAAAUGUGUAUAAGAGUGUUCAUUCACCCCAAGUGAAGAAGAACAUUUUUAAAAAAUGAUGUUGUACAAUUGUGUAUAAUGUUUCAUUAGGAAAAAUGUUUUACAUUAAAUAUC